AUGUCAAGUAACGGAAAACGCCCUCGAUAUGAAGAGGAUAGUGACGAAAUAGAGGAAAGUACACCCAGCUCAAACGGUUCCUUAGUGAGGCAGCAAGUAACUAGUGUAAAAUUGCCCAGGAAUCUGGAGCCUUCGAUCUUUGGUGUUCUGCCAACCAGCGAUUUCACAAGGACCAUCGGAAACUUUUUAUUCGAACACAUUGAAGAUGAAUAUGUCGAGAUUGUCAAAGGCGGUAUUGUUGAGAAAGUCCGUAUUGCUUUUUUGAAUAUCUAUUCUCCAAAUACCCAACUAGAUUAUCGCAUAUCUGUAAACUCCGAAAGACCAGUGGAAAAGCCGACCGGCAAAAUCAUGCACGAACGAAAUAAGGAUAGAUUAAGUUACACACAUCAAUUGUUUAAGAUAGAUCUGACGCAGGUCAAAGGCCCCGAGAAAGCGCGAAACAUCGAUGGUACCAUGCCUCCGCAAGACGUUACACAUGAACUUGAGGUCGAAUUCUUAGAUCCGCGAGUUCUAAUUGAGGAAAAAACAAAACUAGAACGGAAGCAAUCCAACCGUUAUGUAGAAAUAAUUGAG